GCAGGAACCCGGGGAGCAAACGGAGCCGAGACGAUGCCAGGGAAGCUGAAGGUGAAAAUCGUGGCCGGGCGCCAUUUGCCGGUGAUGGACCGAGCUAGUGACCUGACUGAUGCCUUCGUGGAGGUAAAAUUUGGCAAUACCACCUUCAAAACAGACGUGUAUCUCAAGUCCCUCAACCCUCAGUGGAACUCGGAGUGGUUUAAAUUUGAGGUGGAUGAUGAAGAUUUGCAGGAUGAGCCUCUGCAGAUCACAGUUCUUGACCAUGACACCUACAGUGCCAAUGAUGCCAUCGGUAAAGUGUACAUCGAUAUAGAUCCUUUGCUCUAUAGCGAGGCUGCCACGGUUAUCUCAGGCUGGUUUCCAAUCUAUGAUACUAUCCAUGGUAUCCGUGGAGAAAUAAAUGUAGUCGUCAAAGUUGACCUCUUCAAUGAUCUAAAUCGAUUUAGGCAGUCAUCGUGUGGAGUCAAAUUCUUUUGCACUACAUCUAUUCCAAAGUGCUAUCGAGCGGUGAUAAUCCAUGGAUUUGUAGAAGAGCUUGUAGUCAACGAAGACCCAGAAUAUCAGUGGAUUGAUCGAAUUCGCACACCACGGGCAUCAAAUGAGGCCAGACAGAGACUUAUUUCUUUAAUGUCAGGUGAACUCCAGAGGAAGAUUGGCUUGAAAGUGCUGGAAAUGAGAGGAAAUGCGGUUGUUGGAUAUUUACAGUGUUUUGAUCUGGAAGGCGAAUCUGGGUUAGUGGUACGAGCCAUAGGAACAGCCUGUACUCUGGAUAAAUUAAGUAGCCCAGCAGCAUUCCUUCCUGCAUGCAAUUCCCCAUCCAAAGACAUGAAGGAGCUUCCCUUCAAUGAAGAUCCCAAUCCCAAUACUCACUCAUCAGGACCCUCUACCCCUCUGAAAAACCAAACUUAUUCCUUUUCACCUUCCAAGUCCUACAGUCGACAGUCCUCUUCAUCUGACACAGAUUUGAGUUUGACACCCAAAACUGCACCUUACCCACAGAGACGUAGGAUUUACCCGAGUCCCAGCUCCCCCUCUCUCUCUUGUGGUCCCCUUCAUCUUAGACAGUCCUGUCUCCUCCUCUCCUCCCCUCAUCAUUCUAGCCUUGUCAGCCCAGUUCUGAGGAAAAGUGUUUCUUUCAGUGAAGAGCUGUUCCUGGCUGCUUCUGGAAUGGGCAGUGGGAGUGCUGGAAAAGAAGGGGGUCCAUUUAAAGCACUUUUAAGACAGCAGACUCAGUCAGCCUUGGAACAGAGGGAAUUCCCAUUUUUCACUCUGACGGCUUUUCCUCCUGGAUUUCUUGUGCAUGUUGGGGGCGUUGUCAGUGCGCGCUCAGUGAAGCUCUUGGAUCGUAUUCAUAAUCCUGAUGAACCUGAAACUCGAGAUGCUUGGUGGGCAGAAAUCAGACAAGAAAUAAAAUCCCAUGCUAAAGCAUUAGGCUGUCAUGCCGUAGUGGGCUACAGUGAAUCAACUAGCAUCUGUGAAGAGGUCUGUAUUUUAUCUGCAUCUGGCACAGCAGCUGUCCUCAACCCUAGAUUUCUGCAGGAUGGCACCGUGGAGGGCUGUUUGGAAUUGAGGAUAGAAGAAAAUUUGCCUGCAGGUUGUGGAUUCUGCCAUAUACCCUAUGAUGAACUGAAUAUGCCCUUUCCAGCUCACCUCACAUAUUGCUAUAACUGCAGAAAACAAAAAGUCCCAGAUGUUCUCUUUACAACCAUAGACCUGCCAAUGGAUGCCAUGGUUAUUGGAAAAGGCUGUUUGAUUCAAGCAAGGUUAUGUCGCUUAAAAAAGAAAGCACAGGCAGAAGCAAAUGCCACAGCUAUUAGUAACCUGUUGCCAUUCAUGGAAUAUGAAGUGCAUACUCAGCUGAUGAACAAACUGAAACUCAAAGGCAUGAAUGCACUAUUUGGACUGAGAAUUCAGAUCACAGUGGGAGAGAAUAUGCUGAUGGGUUUAGCAUCUGCCACAGGUGUGUAUUUGGCUGCUUUACCCACACCUGGUGGCAUCCAGAUUGCUGGGAAAACCCCGAAUGAUGGCUCCUAUGAGCAGCAUAUAUCUCAUAUGCAAAAGAAGAUCAAUGACACAAUUGCUAAGAACAAAGAGCUCUAUGAGAUCAGCCCUCCGGAGAUAUCAGAAGAAAUUAUAGGAUCACCCAUUCCAGAGCCUAGACAGCGCUCAAGACUUUUACGAUCACAAUCAGAAAGUUCUGAUGAAGUCACAGAAUUGGAUCUUUCCCAUGGGAAAAAAGAUGCUUUCGUUUUGGAGAUUGACGAUACAGAUGCUAUGGAAGAUGUACAUUCUCUACUCACUGAUGUCCCUCCUCCUUCAGGCUUUUAUAGUUGCAAUACAGAAAUUAUGCCCGGCAUAAAUAAUUGGACUUCUGAAAUUCAGAUGUUUACAUCUGUGAGAGUAAUCCGAUUAAGCAGCCUUAAUCUGACCAAUCAAGCUCUUAAUAAGAACUUUAACGAUCUCUGUGAAAAUUUGCUCAAGAGCCUGUACUUCAAACUCCGCUCCAUGACCCCCUGCUGCCUCUGCCAUGUGAACUUCACAGUCUCACUGCCUGAAGAUGAAUUAAUUCAGGUUACAGUCACAGCAGUUGCAAUAACUUUUGACAAAAAUCAGGCUUUACAGACCACAAAAACGCAUGUUGAAAAAUCAUUGCAAAGAGCUUCUACAGAUAAUGAAGAACUUCUGCAGUUUCCACUGGAACUCUGUGCAGACUCGCUUCCUCCGCAUCCUUUUCCACCGGCUAAAGAACACCUGGAGAGUGCAAGUUCUAACUCAGGUAUACCAGCUACACAGAGAGCACCGUCCGUUGAUUACAGUUCCUUUGCAGACAGAUGCAGCAGCUGGAUAGAGCUCAUUAAACUGAAAGCUCAGACCAUAAGGCGCGGAUCAAUUAAGACAACUGUGACAGUGGAAAAAGCGAGUCCAAUGGGAGAAGGGAAUUUCCGGAGCCGAUCCACUCCUCCUUGUACAAAUUCUACUGUGGGGGUUGUUAAGAUGACACCUCUUUCUUUUAUUCCUGGAGCUAAAAUAACAAAAUAUCUUGGGAUAAUUAACAUGUUUUUUAUUCGGGAAACGACUUCUCUUCGUGAGGAAGGAGGAGUCAGUGGUUUUCUCCACGCUUUCAUUGCUGAAGUGUUUGCAAUGGUGCGAGCACAUGUGGCUGCACUGGGGGGAAAUGCUGUCGUCUCCUACAUCAUGAAGCAGUGUGUCUUCAUGGAGAACCCAAAUAAAAAUCAGGCCCAGUGUCUUAUCAAUGUAAGUGGGGAUGCUGUGAUUUUUGUUCGUGAAUCUGAAUUAGAAGUGGUACCAGCUCAGCAACCUACUGCCAACUGCCAGCCAUCAUGUACUGGAGGAGAAGUUCGGACUUGAAACAAAUGAGAAAGAAAGCAAUUUCAGCUCACUGGACCUCAUCUGUCUCCAUUGUUCUGCCCUUCAUUUUCUUAAUAUCUUAAUAGACUUUAUUUAAAAAUCAGAUUAAAUUUGUUCUAAUUAAGAAAUGAUAAAUGUAUUCAGAGUUGAUUUGACUUGUCUGGAAUCUCUUAGAAGCAUGAAAAUUUUCUGAGACCUGUGUCAGAGAUGGUACUGCUUGUAAAUUGUUCAUUUCUUAUCAGAAUCAUAUUUUUUUAUUGAAAGGCAAAGAUUAUCAGGAAACUAGGAUAGUUAUCCUAGAGUAAUUUAAGAACACGCAAGCCAGAAAUUCACAAGUUGUUCAUGAAUAAAAUGACUUGAGGACUGUGUGAGCAAAUGUGGAGGGAAUUCUGAAAACUGGAAAGUUCUUAAUGUACUUCAUUUUCAUGAGGAAUUUGGUGACAACUGAAAGGGAAAAACAAUUCUGCCAUUUUUUAAGAAAAAUUAAAAGUUUGCAGCUUGUAUCUUCUGACUACUGUAAAAAAGUUAAUUUAUCAGAGCUGCUAUCUUCAUUGAAUAACAUCUCUAAGGAGGUAGGAAAAAAUUACUAUAUAACUUCAGACUGAUCAAAUUUUAUUUAGUGUUUAAUUUGUCCAGAAGGAUCUUGGCUUUAGGAUGAAAAGUGUGGUGAAUUUUGUUAUUUAAAAUAUAAAAUGGAUCUAGUAGGAACAAAAGGUUAUUUUCUGAUGAAGUUAUUCUGUACUUCUACCAAAUAAACAGAAUUUUAGUAAUGUCUUAAGGAUUUGGGGUAGUGACGUAGAUUGUAUUUGGCAUAGAACUUGGAAAUAUAACUUGAAUGUAAAUAUGCUAUAAAAUGUUGAAUGUAUACAUAGAAAUAUUUUUUGUUAAUGCCAAAUACCUAUUACAAGUUACAUUCCUCCUUUGCACAACAAAAUUUCUUUAUAAAACUCAUUAUUUUGCCCUUCCAGGAUAACAACUGCUUCUAAAAAUUAGGAGCCAUUUCCUUAUUAUCACAGGUGUCAAUAUUUUUCUGUAUUUUGUUUAUAAUUUUAUUUUUUAAUAAAAAGUUUAUAAAGAUAAA